AAACAGCGGCCACUUCAUGGGUGCAAUUGGCCGUCCUGGGGAUAACUGGGUACCUGCUAUAUGUUCAGAAAUUCCGGGUUUCUGGCCAGUCGACCAUACCAUACCGCACUCCAUAGUACCGUACCAACGAAUCGGCAUCCGCCUUGAGGCUUUCUCCCGUCUGCAUUCUUUUAUAGCGCAGCCCAGGUCCUCUCCUUUAAUCCGUCUCCCCCGGAUCGUUCGUUUCGCCGUUCUCAUCGUCUCAGGCCCACUGGCCACUAUUUUCCACCGAGUGCCUGGGAUCGCACCUCAUCAGCCCACCGCCAUUCACCUCAUCGCGGAUUCCCGACGUCAAAACUUCUACGUACAGCUGCAUCUCAACUUGGCGACGCCGUAUACAACCACCCGACACUCACGAUGGCGGGAGGCCCGGUAGACGCCUUCAUCACGGAGGCCUUCACGCUCCUUGGCAUAGCAAUCUCCAUCAUCGUCCUACGAACAUACGCGCGAUGGAGCUCCGUGGGCUUUCGAAACCUUGCCCUCGAUGAUUACAUCAUGGUCUUUGCGGGGAUAGUAUACGCCCUCGAGACCUUUGCCGCCUACACCGUCGUCGCCAUCUACUUGGGCCUCGCAAACAAUGGCAUGACCGACGAACAGCGCAGAACGCUGAAGCCAUCGGAUCCAGAGUGGGACAAGCGAAUCGGCGGCAGCAAGACUCAGCUUGUCGGCUGGAGUCUGUACACCUGUCUCUUGUGGAGCUUGAAGCUGGCGAUGGCAAAGUUCUACUCGCGAUUGACCGUGGGUCUGCAUAUGAAUAUGCGCAUCAACAUCGCAUAUGCCUCCAUCGGUGUCACGUAUGUCGUGACGCUGCUCAGUAUCCACUUGGGAUGCUUGCCGUACGAGAAGAACUGGCAGAUUUAUCCCGAUCCGCGCAACCACUGCCAACCCGCCAUCUCAAAGAUCAACCUUUAUGUAACGGUUGUACUCAACGUCAUUACGGAUCUCUAUCUGAUGUCCAUCCCGCUUCCUCUGCUGUGGAAAGCCAACAUAACUCCCAAGCGCAAGGCUCUCCUCCUAAUCAUGUUUUCGGGCGGAAUCUUCGUCAUCAUCGCCGGAAUCCUCCGGUGCGCGCUGAUCAUCGCCGACCCGGUCAACGGUGCCGCCCAAGCCGGCUCCUGGGCGGUCCGCGAAACGUUCGUCGCGGCUGUGAUCGGCAACAUCCCAAUGAUCUACCCGCUCUUUGCGCGCACCGUGGCCAAAGUGCAGUCCUCGGUGCUAUCCUCGGCGCUGGGGGGGUCGUCGAACAAGCACUCGAUGGGCGGCUCACACAACAUGGCCGGCGGCGACUCGAUGAAGCCGUCGAAGCCCGCGCGGCGGAAGAUGAACCUGAUGUCGAUCGGGCUGACCACGCUCGGCGGCGGCGACAGCGCCGAGCGCAUCGUCGACAACGUCCCCCCCGUCACCCGCGGCCAGGGCUCGCCAACCCUCAACGGCAUCAGCGUCACGAAGGAGUUCGUCACCUCCACUACCGGAACGCAGCGUUCCGCUAGCCUUGAUACCCGCGAUCGCGGCGGCACCGACGGGAGAAACACAGACGACCUCGAAUACGGCCCUAGCGAUACUAGGAGGAUGUCGUUCCCUACCGCCUUCGACGGUCGCCCGGGGUACACCGUUAAGUGCGAGACAGCGGGGGCGACGGUUCGGUCGCCGCCGCGGUAGUGGCGGGCUGGGGUGGUCGAGGGAAGGGAAGGGUUGGGUCGGGUCUGCUGCUUUUCGAUAUAGAUGGGAAUGGUGUUUUGUUUUCAGUUCGGUGGGGG